CGUCAGAGCAGCGGGGAGCAGCGAGCAGCGGCAGCAGUGUAUUGUGGCUUUCUCUGUCUGAGGUGACAGAUGCGGCGUCCUCAGAACAAGGAAGUGAAGGCUCUGCCGCCCGUUUGAGGGCAGAAAGGAACACGAAUUUAUCGUCUCCACACACGCACCGCCUCUGUUUCUCCCUCCGUUUUCAACUCUCCUUCCUCCAGACACGUCCUGACUUUCCAUCAACUCCAGCGACUCCCGUCGGGCCAUGUUUCCCGGUGCUGCAUGUUUCCCAGCAGCCUCCUCUGAGGUCGAGAUGAACCGAGGCAGCAGCACCGUUCCGUUUCUUCCUCGGGCCUCCUCAGUGUGAGACCAGCUCUGCCUCCCGUCACUGUCAUCAGUAUCAAGUCUAAACAUGGCUCCUGUUCCUCCUGGGAUCCGCCUGUUGGUUUCCUUCAACAGGGACCAGUGGUACAAAGCUCUCACCUUCGCCCUCACCUUCUUGCUGUACACCAGUUUCCACCUGUCCAGGAAACCCAUCAGCAUCGUGAAGAGUGAACUCCACAAGAACUGCUCGUCUGUCAGCGAGCUGGCCACCGCCGCCGCCAGCAGCAGCCAGCAGCCCUCCCGGGUUUCUCUCCACACAGACAUGGACUGCAGCUGGAAGCCUUUCGAUAAAAGCAACUACAAACAGCUGCUGGGAGCCAUGGACUACUCCUUCCUCUGUGCCUAUGCAGUGGGCAUGUACCUCAGCGGCAUCAUUGGUGAGCGCCUGCCUAUCCGGCUGUACCUGACGGUGGGCAUGCUGACCAGUGGCCUGUUCACCUGCCUGUUUGGACUGGGCUACAUCUACAACAUCCACAGCCUGGGCUUCUAUAUAUUUGUACAGGUUGCAAACGGCUUAGUGCAAACCACUGGCUGGCCCAGUGUUGUAACUUGCAUUGGCAACUGGUUUGGCAAGGGAAGGCGUGGUCUGAUCAUGGGACUGUGGAACUCCCACACGUCGGUGGGCAACAUCCUGGGCUCUCUGAUCGCCGGCUACUGGGUCUCCUCCAACUGGGGCCUGUCCUUCAUCGUCCCUGGGCUCAUCAUUGCAGUCAUGGGCGUCGUCUGCUUCCUCUUCCUCAUCGAGCAUCCAAAUGACCUGAAAAGCAUAUAUGCUCAGAACUCAGCCUCCAGCAGUAAUAUGCCUGCCAAGAAUUGGAAUGGAGUAAAUGGACACACCGAGCUCUAUCUGCAAUACAAAGAAGGCAAAACUCAGGCAUACUGCUAUUACCAUGAUGACAUUCUGAACAGGAAGAGUUAUGACACAGAGCUGUUACUGCCCAGGGACAACGGAACUGUGUGUGUCCCUGUCCAGCAGGUUGUGGUGGUGAAGAGCGAAUCAGAGCCUUCCGCCAUCAGCUUCAUGGGAGCCCUGCGCAUACCGGGUGUGAUAGAGUUCUCUCUGUGUCUGCUGUUUGCCAAGCUGGUCAGCUACACCUUCCUCUUCUGGCUGCCUCUCUACAUCACUAAAGCAGCUCACCUUGACGCCAAGAAGGCAGGUGAUCUCUCCACCCUUUUUGACGUUGGAGGAAUAGUGGGGGGGAUCUUGGCUGGAGUCAUCUCAGAUAAGCUGGGAAAGAGAGCCACCACCUGUGCAGUCAUGUUGCUGCUGGCUGCUCCAACGUUUGGCCUGGGGCCAACCAUCGGCAUGCUUUUAGUGUGUGGAGGCCUAGUCAAUGGACCGUACGCCCUCAUCACAACAGCAGUGUCUGCAGACCUGGGGACCCACAAGAGCUUGAAGGGCAACGCCAGAGCCUUAUCUACUGUCACUGCCAUCAUUGAUGGCACGGGGUCUGUAGGUGCAGCAGUGGGCCCCCUGCUGGCUGGACUGCUGUCUGCAGGCGGCUGGGACCAGGUCUUCUACAUGCUGAUGACUGCUGACUUCCUAGCUCUGCUGCUUUUGCUGCGGCUCGUGACUAAGGAGCUGACCUCGAGAAAACCCCGCCCCAUCUCCACUGUAGAGUUGAAGGAGCACUGAGCACUUUGAUUGCACAAACUCCACGCAGGAGUGUAUUGACUCUAUAAACACACACACACACACACACACACACAUAAAGUACUGUAUAUUGAAACCACUUGUCUAAGCCUGGAAUGGACUGUGACUUGGACAACAACUGGACCGUCCUGGACACAAAGGAUUAGCCAUACAGAUACAAACACAAACACAUGCUCUCUCUCUCUCUCUCUCUCUGUCUCUCUUUCUCUCUCUCACUCCCACUCACAUACACACACAAACAAAGAAACAAACACACAUUGCUCUUCUUGUAGAUUUAACUGCAGUAAGACUUUCAUUCCUGGAGAAGUGUCAAGUUUGAUGAACCAAACAGAAUGGCAGUAGAAUUCAACCUGGAGGAUUACAGGCUCUUAGGAGCACAUUUACACAAACACACACACUCACACACACACACACACAUCAGCACCGUUCCUCUCUUCUACACCUUACCAUCUUUUGACCUCAUUUCCAUGGCAGCCAUUUUGACUUUUGUCACACAGUCUGAAGGGCUUUCCCUCCAAGAGUGGAAUAUAUAGUAAAGACCACAUGACAGCAGUGGGGGUUGGGUUCAUGAGUGUUGCUGAUAGUACCAGUCAAUCCCAUGUUACUGUGAUGGCUACAGCUACCUUGUGCUGUGGUAUAAAAUAUUGCCCCUAACUAUGAUAAAUGAAAUACUAUUUAGCCUAUAACUCCCAGCCUCUGGAGUCUACAUACAAAUGCAGACAACAGUACCCAUUACAGGACAAUAUAGCAUCAAACCUUGGACUGUAUUUGUUUUUUUUUUUUUUUCUUAGCAAAGUGAUCAAAUUUCUAAUUGAUGUACAUUCAUUGUCUACAGCCUUUCUGUGUUAGUCAUAACCAACUUAGGUCUAACCCUAACCUUAACCUUAACCAAUGUGCCAAAAUGACCACCCAAAAUGGGAUACAUUCUGUCACCUAAAAUUUUGCAUGAGGGUGUUAGGAUGUCCUAACAGUUAUCAAAUUAGUCAACCCUGUCCCACGGGAGUUUGUGAAAUAGUCAUGAAAUUUAAUCUACAGAUUUGGGUCCAUUGCCAUGAAUUGUAUGUUUUUUGUGCAUAUAGACACAAAUUAAAUCUGUGUCCAUGGACAUGAAUUUUCCUUUACCUGAAGUGGCUAAAAGCACCUCCAGAAGGGGCUAAAUUCCAAGUGGCUUUAGCCAACAAAACCAUAUAUCCAGGUGGGGAAAGGUUAGGUUUAGGCCUAAAAUCACUUGGUUAAGAUGAGGGAAAGUUUAGGUAUAAGCAUCAAAACUGGGAACUGGACAUGGUCUCAGUGUGAAACCUGGGUCGUCUGAGUGAAAGCUGAUUGACCCAUCCACCACCCCGCCUUCCUUCUAAUGCAGACUUUGGGUCUAUUUAUAUACUACCUCACGAUGCGUGGUACAGGCACAAAAUACACUUUCAGCUUGCUGUCUGUCACGAAAGGAAUUUGUGCUCAUAGACAUGCAUCUAUUGAUUAAAUUUUUGUGACUAUAUCACGAACUGCUGUGAAACUAGGCUGAAUUAGCUAGUAAUCCAAGAAACAACUGCUACAGCUUGUCUGUCUUAGCAAGGAAGUUAACCACGAGCUAGACUGGCUAGAUUCUGUUGGCUAGCUUUGCCCCUCCAUAUUCUUGAGACUUGUUUGUUUCUAAUGUGUCCGUGCGGGAGACUAUGCAUCUACAUGAUGAUAAAAAUGGUCCCGGUACACAACAGUAGGUCCUUGCUAUUUGCUCUUCCAGUUGACCCUUUUCACAGCAGCCGUUUUGACGUGAACUAGCAGGUAAACCCAGAUGUUACUGAUGACAUGAAUGAAGCUUCUGUUGCAUGUAGUUGUGACAGAGCCAUGGCCCUGCUGGCGUUCACGCUGCGUCACAGGAAACACUCCGCUGCGCUUUACUGGCACAGAACCUUCACUGAUGUCAUUAGUAACAGCUGGCAUUACCAUGCUAUGACAAGGCUGUUGUGAAAACGGUCAGUAGAUUCCCAUCUGGAGUGGCGUAACUUCAAAAUGGCGGCUGUGGGAACAAGGUCCAUUCCUUCCCCUCAUUUGCUCUCUGUCUCUGUCUCUCUCUCUGUCUCUCUCUCUCUCUCUGUGUCUCUCUCAGUACCACUGCCUUCCUUGGGCUGCCUCUCUUCUGCCUCCCAGCAGGUUUUUUGAAAAUGCUGUUUUACUCGUCACCUUUGCCUUACUGAACCAAAGAGAUUAUGGGGAUUAUCUUGUAACUUAAAAAAGAGACUUUUAUUUUUAAAGCAUUUUAAAUUAAUCUUGUCUGUUUCAUGGUGGUUUUUGAUGUAUUUUCUCAGAUAGUUAUGUGUAUUUUGUCUGUGUUUUCAAAAAUGAAGGUACCUAUAUUUUAUAUAAAACCUCUAAAUAACAGUUGAUCUUUUUUUUCGUGCAAGGGGUGAUCUUGGAUGGUCUGAAUGUAAAGUCUGUCAAAUUAGGGUAAACUUGACAAACAUGACGUCCUCAUAUACAUAUAUAUAUAUAUAUAUAUAUAUAUAUAUAUAUAUAUAUAUAUAUAUACAGACACACACACACACACACAUAUAUACAUAUACAUAUAUACAUAU